AUGCGAGCUGCAUUGUUGUGGACUAUUAAUGAUUUUCCUGCAUAUGGAAUGUUGUCUGGAUGGAUGACAGCAGGCAGGCUAGCAUGCCCAUACUGUAUGGAACGAACCAAGGCAUUUCAAUUAAAAAAUGGAGGAAAGCCAUCAUGGUUUGACUGCCACAGACAAUUCUUGCCAAAUAAUCACAUGUUUAGAAGAAACAAGGAUGCAUUCUACAAGAAUAGAAUUGAGAGAUCAGAACCUCCGCCAAGAUUGACUGGAGAGCAAAUAUGGAAUAUAGUUCAGAAUUUUGAUAAGAUAAGUGAUGUUGAGCAACUUGAGAUAGAAGGAUAUGGAAGUACGCAUAAUUGGACCAAAAGAAGCAUAUUUUGGGAUUUGCCUUAUUGGCGUCAUAAUUUAAUCCGUCAUAACCUUGAUGUAAUGCAUAUUGAGAAGAACGUAUUUGAUAAUAUAUUCAAUACUGUCAUGGACAUCAAAGAGAAGACUAAAGAUAAUGCAAAGGCUAGAAUGGAUCUGUCAUUAUACUGCAAGCGAAAAAAUUUAGAACUGCCAAAACAAAGUGGAGGUAAAAUUAUAAAACCCAAAGCAAACUACACAUUUACCCUCCAGCAAAAGAGGGCAAUAUGUGAAUGGGUGAAAGAGUUAAGGAUGCCUGAUGGAUAUGUUUCAAAUUUAGGGAGAUGUGUUGACAUGAAAGAGGGCAAGUUAUAUGGAAUGAAAAGUCAUGAUUGUCAUAUAUUUAUGAAACGUUUACUGCCAAUUGCUUUUAGUUCAGAGCAGAUAUGGAAGCCAAUAAUAGAGUUAAGUCAAUUCUUUCGAGAUUUGUGCUCAACAUCGUUACGAGAAGAUGUUCUAAAUAAGCUAGAAGAAAAUAUUCCAAUUGUGCUAUGCAAGCUAGAACGUAUUUUUCCUCCUGGAUUUUUUGACUCAAUGGAACAUCUACCUAUUCAUUUGCCAUUUGAAGCAUUGCUUGGUGGUCCUGUGCAAUAUAGAUGGAUGUAUCCUUUUGAGAGGUUUCUCCAUCAUCUUAAGAAAAAAGUCAAGAACAAAGCACAUGUUGAAGGAUCUAUCGUUGAAUCAUACCUAAUUGAGGAGAUUUCUUACUUUUGUGAGUACUAUUUUAACCAAACUAGCAUCGAUACAAAGCAAAAUGAUGAAGGUGAUGAUUCAAUUGAGCAAAAUUUAUCUAUUUUUAAUUUGCCUGGUUGUUUUGCUGGUGAAUGCAAAACUCGUUAUUUAGAUGACAAAGAAUUCAGUGCAGCUAUGAAUCAUAUACUAAUAAACUGUGAUGAAAUUAAGCCAUAUAUUGAUGAUGAACAAGUUGAUCAAUUUAUUGAAGCAGAGUUUGCAAAAUGGUUUAAAAAUUAUGUUCAUGAUCCUUUAAAUAAUGUAACAGAUUCGAAUAUUCAUUCCUUGGCAUGGGGUCCUUUGAGAAUUGUUAAAUGUUGGCCUAUCUACAAAGUCAAUGGCUUCAAGUUUCACACAAGAUCUCAUUCAAGUGGAAAGUCAACUCAGAAUUAUGGAAUAUGUGUCAAAGGCACAGGUUAUGGUGAAUAUGAAAAUGAUUUCUAUGGCCAGCUUAAUGAAAUUAUUCAAGUUGAGUAUACUGGGCUACCACUAAAAAGAGUUGUACUAUUUAAAUGUGAAUGGUUUGAUCCCACAAUUGGCAAAGGAACAAAGGUAAACAAAGAGUAUGGAAUCAUACAGAUUCGAAAGAAUCGACGAUAUGGUAAAUAUGAUCCGUUUAUCAUUGCACAUAAAGCAAUUCAAGUAUAUUUUGCACCUCAUCCAAUGAGAAACACCAAAGAAAAAGCAGAAUGGUGGUUUGUAUUCAAGACUAAAGCAAGAGGUGAGAUUGAGAUUGAAACAACGGAAGAUUUUGCAUAUCAAGAAGAUGGCACAAAUCAAUUUAACAAUCAUAUCUCAAAUGAUAUUGACAUUACUGUUGAUUUACUGGAUACUAAUAACGAAGAUAUGGAUGAGGAUGAGAACGAAGACGAGGACGACGACGAGAACAAUGAGGAUGAAGAUCAAAAUGAAUAG